GUGCCGACAAGACCACUCGCGCCGCGCGCGAAAGCUGACAGCGCGGUCGAUUUGACGGAUUCGUUUUUCAAAUUUUUCAUUUCGGCCAGUAAUAAGUGUUAUGUAUAAAAAUAAUUAGAGGUUUUAUUCAAUAUUUGAUAAGGACUAAUAGAAUUACUUGGAGUAAGGUCAGGUUAACCAGAUAUGUGUGAAGUGAAAUGAUGUUUAACACUUAAGUGUAAAGUGUGAUGCACGUGACUAAUGAAAAACACCUGAAAAUGCAGUGGAAAGGUGGAGGGCAUAAGUGGUGUUUGUUUGUGUGAUACGAGCUUUUUAAACCGCAAUCAUGGAUAAGAUGUCGGCAGCAGGGUCAGCGGUGGCAAUGAUAGGAGCCAACCUCCGGUUUGGGUCAGCAGGUGCCACCAACGCCUCCAUAGUCAACAACACCAAAUUGUGCCCACCAGGCGGAGCUGCAAGUGCUGCGGCACUUCUGGCAUUGUCAAGCUUGGGCAUGUCUGCGAAUAUAGCGCUCAUGGCCGUUAUUCUGAGCAAGAAACAGUUGAGAAGAUGGUCUCACGGUCUACUCUUCCAUCAAGCCGUUGUGGAUUGCGCACGCGCUGCUAUUUUACUACCACUUGGCAUCGCCGUGUUUAAAUGUCAGCCUGUAUACAAAUGCUCAUUGGUGGAGACCGCUUUUCUUUUAUUGGUGACAGUGUCAACGGUGAAUAUGCUGACAACAGUACUCAACGACAGUCCUAUAUUUCCUGAAAACGAAGAAGAGCAAGCAGAUCUGUCCGCCCCAUUGCUCAUGGAUAGUCCGCAGUGCGUUCUCUUCGGUACGUUUAUGAUAUGGUUCGCAUCAAUUACGAUAAACCUGGGCCCAACAUUUUUAUCCGGGGCUUUAGCUGCCAGUGCUGGGUCCUACGGAUCGUAUGGGCCAUCCCCAUCGUGCCCCUUAGUAAGAGGACCCUUCAGGCAUUACGUACUUAAUGCUUUAUGGAUUGGAGUCAAUGCUGUGUGCGUUGGACUAACACUUUUCCAUUUAAAGAAAUUACACCGAGAUCUGACAAAGGCUAACGUAGAGGCAGUGCGUGUAGCAGGAUUAGUGACCACACUGGUCAGUAUGGCAGGGGACAAUCGGCGGAUGGAUUCGCUACCAAACAGCGUAGGACCCAGGACUGUUGACGGCACCCUUGCAGACGGCCGUUGCCGGCCAACUGGUAGUGCCAACUUGCCUCUGGGAGGGGGUAGACGGUUGAGGGGCUAUCUCGCAAGAGUAGAAAGAGAGGGAGUAAGGAGAGUAAGAAUGUUCCUGGUCAUCACAGCAGCGUAUGUGCUUUUCUGGGGCCCGCUGUUUAUCAUAACUUUGCUACACCACCCAUCAUUGACUUCACAUGUUGCGUACGAGUUAUAUUUCCAAAUAACACUACACAUUUCGUACGUCCACGCGGCGGUUAACCCUCUGCUCUUCAUUGCUUUGCAUCGAGCUUUGCGGCGCGCCGCGUUGCAGCUCUGCUGUGGCUGUUGUGUGCAUUGGAGCCAAUUUGUCCUCGCCUUAACAGCAGCUGCUCAAUCCCCACUAGCUCCCUCAUCUUUCUCACCUGCAGCAGCAUCACCGGAACCACCGCCAGCUCCGCCACCCCCCAUGGCACCACCUGCGCCCCCUGCGCCACACAACGCGCCACACACGAUGAUGAGUUGGGAAGUUGAGGAGUGUGAUGCUGAGAGUAUGUCGAGUGCACGUGUACAGGGAGACGAGGAUAUGAUGGAGUGGAGCAGUGUACGGCGACCUCGUUCGCCGAGUCCCCUCCUGCCCGCGAUUUGAGCACCCACCCUUCACGGCGUGUCGCUGGACUGCACUUGUAGUGUGUGCUCUAGUGUUCGGUUAGGUUACACCUGUGUUUUAGAGUAAAUAUUGACUCCUGACGUAUGUUGGAGCUCUUUGAAUUAAUAAUAGCAUGCUUAAGGGAGUGGUUUUUGAAUAAACCCUUGUGUGUUUUAAAUAAUCAAAGAACUGUCUUAGUUAUAAGCAACCUUACAUUUGAAAUUUUAAAUGUUUUCUAAUUUAAUAUGCGAAAAACAAUAGUUUAUUUUAUUUAUAACAAAUUUUGUCAAUAUUUCGAUUUAUUUUCUAUCUCAUUUUACAUUUAACCCUAAUGAGUACUAUAAUAUAAAUUGCUUAUAUUUAACGUAAGUUUAGAUUAACUAAGUGCAUAGUCGUUCAUUACCAUGAAAACUAAGUGAAGAACUUUUAACAAAAUCCAUUGGAGAAAUAUUUUUCAUUAAAUAUAUGAAAGUGAAUUUAGAGGUGAAAUUUUAAUUAAAUUAAAACCUUUUGCCUCAAAAAUGUAAAUAUGUUCACACCCACGACUCAUGCAUAACUUUAUUGCCUUCAUCCACUCUACGUCUUUUUUAAAUUUUAAAACUGAACACCGUAAAAUAUAGCUAAGUGAAUAAAAACUAUACGUUUAUAUUGUAGUAUAUUGUAUCAAAAUAGGUUGUAUAUGUAGAAAAUCUUCUUAUUUUCUUUAAUCUUGUGCAUAUUUUGAGUAUAACUAACAUUGUUCCAGUUUCAUUCCACUUAAGUGGUAUAUAUGUAAUGUAAGUAAUGAUAAUUAUUCGUAAUAUGUCAAUGUAUUAAUGUUUAGUCUUAAGCAUAACAUUGUAAACUUAUGAGAAAGCUCAAAUUCUAAACACAUUAUUUUUAGUAUAAACAUUCAUAGUGCCAAAGAUAGUAUAUUUUUUGUCAUAAUGAAACA